CAAAUAGCACAUUUUUAGAUGAAAAUCUGAUGAAAUUUUCCUGACUUCAUUUCAUCUUCCGUUCAUAUGGGUUCACAAAGCCUCGAAAAACUGCUUCUAGAGGAAGUAGAGAAAAAUGGGGGAGUUGAUACUUUUGAACUCGCUCGGGAAUUUGGCAAAGAUCACCAAAUUAUCGUAGGCCUGGUUAAGAGUAUUCAGUCUGCUGGCGAGCUGAUCAAUACAGAGCAAAGACAAGUUCAGAGUCUUGUACUAACUGAUGAAGGGAACCAGAUAGCAGAGAAUGGAAGCCAUGAAGCUUGGGUAUUUGAUGCCAUACCAGAGGGGGGAAUGCCACAAUCCAAUAUAAAGAGUCUUGGUGAGCAUGCUAACAUUGGUUUUAGUAAAGCUAUGUCUUCCGGGUGGUUACGUAUUGAUAAACAAGCUGAGGGAGGUCCUAGAGUCUUUAAAAAGGUUGAAAAAAUAGACGAUAGUGUACAGCUUAUGCUUCUUAAAGUUCUUAAUCAUGAUUAUAAUGAUAUACCUGAAGCUAAAAUAAAAGAAUUGAAAAAGAGAAAGCUAGUCACAACACAGGUGAUCAAAAGCUUUUAUGUGACAAAAGGCAAAGCUUUUAGCUUGUCAGUACAAAGACUAGAGGCUGAUCUAACAGCAGAUAUGUUGCUUAGUGGCUCCUGGAGAGACAAGGAGUUCAAGGCGUACAAUUUUGAUGCACUCGGUACACCUGUAACAUCUGGUCAUCUCCACCCACUCAUGAAAGUCAGAGCUCAGUUCAGGCAGAUUUUUCUUGAAAUGGGAUUUACAGAAAUGGCUACCAAUAACUUUAUAGAGAGCUCCUUCUGGAAUUUUGAUUCUUUGUUCCAGCCACAGCAGCACCCUGCCCGAGACGCUCAUGACACUUUCUUCAUAUCAGAUCCAAAGUUUGCUAAGCUGGGUGAAGUGCCCCAGUCCUAUGUUGAAGAUGUCAAGAGAGUUCAUGAACAAGGAGGCUAUGGAUCUCAGGGUUACCAGUAUGAGUGGAAGACAGAGGAAGCCAAGAAGAACUUACUAAGAACACAUACAACUGCUGUGAGUGCGCGCAUGCUCUACAAGCUUGGACAACAGGAGAAAUUCACUCCUGCAAAAUUCUUCUCCAUUGACCGAGUGUUCCGAAAUGAGACCCUUGACGCUACUCAUCUGGCAGAGUUUCACCAGAUCGAGGGAUUGGUUGCAGAUCGCAAUCUGACACUUGGUGACCUGAUUGGCACUUUGCAUCAGUUUUUUAGAAAGUUAGGUAUCACAAAAUUGCGCUUCAAGCCAGCUUACAACCCAUACACAGAGCCUAGUAUGGAGGUGUUCAGCUACCAUGAAGGACUGAAAAAGUGGGUUGAGGUCGGUAACUCAGGGGUGUUCCGGCCUGAAAUGUUGAGACCAAUGGGAUUACCUGAUGACGUCUCUGUGAUAGCAUGGGGGCUAUCACUUGAAAGACCCACGAUGAUCAAAUAUGGGAUCUCCAAUAUCCGGGACCUGAUUGGACACAAGGUUGACCUUGACAUGGUGUACCGCAAUCCUAUUUGCCUACUGGAAGGCUAGGAAUGGAAUGGAAGGCAAAGGAGCGAGGAAUAGAAUAAAAUAUGUACAUUACUAAAUACUAUUAAUAAAUGCUGUCAAAGCUAGA